AUGAGCACGUCCACGCCGACAACGAUGGUGAUCCGCAUCUCGACCUCGGCUGCCACCGGCCAGUACCGCUACCUUGGUGUCGACCUCUUCACCAAGCAGCUGCACGAGGAGUCGUCGUACAUCUCCAACCCUGAGCCCAGCGUCGUCGUCCAGACCAUGCUCGGCCCCGUCUUCAAGCAGUACCGUGUCCUUGACAUGCACGAUGGCCGCAUCGUCGCCAUGACCGAGACUGGUGACGUCAAGCCUGACCUCCCCGUCAUUGACCAGUCCAACCUCUGGUCCCGCCUCAACACUGCCUUCGAGUCCGGCCGUGGCUCUGUCCGCGUUCUCGUUCUCAACGACCGCGGCCGUGAGCUCGCCGUCGACAUGAAGACGAUUCACGGCUCUCGCCUGUAA